AUGGCCGAAGGUGUUGCAAGUUGGAGUCGAGGUCCUAGCUUAAAACCCGUAGAUCCAAAUGAAAAGCUUUUUUUGUUCGGGUAUUCAUGUAAAAUAUUUCCAAAUGACGAUAAGUCUCUUUUCAUCGGGCAAGGGAAGCAUCUAAUUCCUUGGAUGGGUGAUGAAACCCUAAUGAUUGAUAGGUAUGAUGUACGUGGAUAUCUUCACGACUUGAAGCAGUAUGAACCGGUGGCGGGAGACAAAUUUGAGGAUCCAAUUUCUGAAGAAGAAAAACUAUGCGAUGAAGAACGUUACCGAUCAUUGCGUUCAGAUCUUUCUGAAGAACAACUUUACCAAGAGGAGGAAUUAAAAAGACUUCGUGCUGCUAUAGCGUGUGAUGGUGCUUAUCAUGAAAUAGCUUUCACCUAUGAGAAUGCUGAAAAUGCGAAUUUUGAAGAACCAGCUGGAUUGAAAGUUGAAGAACCGGAAGAUGAACUGUAUGAAUGUCCGGAAGGUUUAACUAUACCAAAAGGCAUGGAAGUGCCUUACAACAUGAAAAUUCACACAAUCAUUGAAAGAACUGCGCAAUUUAUUAGUGAGCAGGGAGGCCAGAUGGAAAUAAUUAUUAAAAUGAAGCAACAUGCAAAUCCGCAGUUUGGAUUUAUGCAUCUUGAUAAUCCUUUACAUCCGUAUUACAAGCAUCUGGUGAAAGAAAUAAAGUCUGGUUCAUAUAAACCUAUUCAAGAAAGGAAAAGAGAUGUAAGUAGAAGUGAAGAUGAAGAUGAUGAUGGUCAUUAUUUACAUCCCAGUCUCAUGUCUGGCAGAGUUGAUAAUGCUCCUAAGUUCACUGUGCCUUCAAUCAAUUUCCGUCGUAGUCAUGAUGAUAGUUAUUCGGUACUUGUCAGAAACUUGAAACAGCAUGUUGAAGAAGCUGCAAAAGAAGCUAUUCCUGAAGUAGAAUACACUGAUUAUCCUCCUGAGAAUAAUUCUUUAGUAAAUUAUUACAAUGAUGGUGGGAAUGCAUUCUCCGGUCAGAAUGAAGAGUCUGUCCAAAUGGAAUAUCAGCAAUCGCCCCAUCCAUCUACUCAACAAAUAAUUCCUCCCUCCCCUGAUUUAUUACCCAUCAUUGAUAAGAUGGCAGAAUAUGUGGCAAAGAAUGGUGAAGAUUUUGAAACUAUUGUAAAAAGUAAAAACGAUCCCCGUUUUGCCUUUUUAAAUGCUGGCAAUGAAUUUAAUGAUUAUUAUCUGCAAAGGAGAGAAUAUGCUAAACAUCAAAUACGAUAUUAUGCUCAGCAAGCUGCACAUGCUUUAAGUACUGCAAGUUCUAGAGAAAAUACUUCAUCAGUUGCUCCCAGUCCUGAAGUUCGUAAAGAUGAUAACGGACAAGAAACUUUUGAUCCUAAAGAUGAAUAUGAUGCCCUCUAUUCUCAAGAUUCUGGAGAAGUUGCCUCAGCCACGAAUAUUUCUAUGGAAAUCCCUACUGAAGAGGGUACGACAGAUUCGUUAGAUUUCCUUGACUCACCAGGAACUCCACAGAGCUUAGAAGAAACAAAAGGAAAGGCAAAAGCUCUGAAAGGUCCAAUCAGUUUUUCUUUAAAAAUGAAAGAUUCAGAAACACCUCCACCUGACAAAAUCAAGAUCCCUUUGUUAGGAGACUCAGAUGAAGAUAGUUCAGAGGAGAAUAAAAAAGAACAAGUGGAUUCUUCCAGCAGAAGGAACAGAGUUUCAGAAGAUAACCACUACUCUCAUCAUGACUACACCACUGAGGGUAAAGACAGAUCAUCCAAAACUAAUUCAGACUCACUGGAUACAAAAAUAGCUGAAGAUAGAAUUAAAGAUAAAUUACUUGCUGCUGCAAGGGAGCGCUUAGCACAGCAGAAAAAGGAGAAGCAGCAACAAAUGGAGCAGCAGAAAAGGGAAGAACAGCAGAAAAAAGACAGACAGUUGCAGUUAGAUCAACAGAGGAAAGAUAAACAACUUCAGUUAGAGAGAAAACGAAAAGCUGCUCUAUUUCUAAAAAUGCUAAAAAAGAGAAGUCCCGAAAGAAUUAUGGAAGCAACACAAAAGGCCGCGAAUGACAAACAUAAAGGAAAAGGCAAACUAGGAUCCGAUUUUUGGAGCUUAGCAGAAGCAUCUGAAGUUACAUCUCCAGAGUUAGGAAUUCUGUUUCCUGCAAAUACAUUAAAUGUGGCUGCCAACAAUAGCAUGGGCAUACCAGGAAUUAAAACAGAGUGGUCAUCCGCAUCAGAGUCUGAGCAUUCUGGAGAGGAGGAAUUUAUUUCUGGAUUUGGAAGUGAUUCUGAAUUCUUGCCAGUUGUCAAAGCUGAACCAGAAGAGAAAGUUGAACCUAAAAAGAAAAAGAAGCGCUCUCACUCUAAGAGUAAAGAACGUUCUCAUUCUAAGUCUAAAUCCUCUCGAAAGAAGGAACGACACCGGUCCAAGUUUCCAAAAAGUCACAAACAUGAAAAAUCUAAAAAAGAAAAAGAAUUACCCGCAGCUUAUGCUCUUGUUCCAAGACCAAGAAGUAGAUCGCGGUCUCCUAGACGGUACAGAUCUAAUCCUAAUUAUUGGAACCGAAGGAGAUGAUUUUGUACACAUUUUUAUGUCACUGAAAUAUUUUUUCAUUGCUGAUAAUCACCUCCAAAUGAAAUUUUGUAAAAUAUUGUUUUGUAAAUAAAUCAUU